ACGGAGGCGUCCACGGGCGAGAGGAUCCUCCUGACGAACCUCCAGCUCAACUCCUCCGGCAGGUACAAGUGCGAGGUGAUAGCAGAGUGGCCGCAGUUCCUGACGGCUGACAAGAGUGCUAACAUGACCGUCGUUGAUGUGCCUGAGGAGAAGCCCAGGAUCACCGGCACUCAACACAAGUACCACAUCGGUGACACCGCCCAUCUCAUCUGCUCCUCUGCGAAGUCGUUCCCGGCAGCCGACCUCACCUGGUACAUCAACGAGAAGGAGGCACCCAUAGAGUACAUCAUCCCCAUGAACAAGACCGUGUACAGCAGGAGUCUGGAGGAGGCGCACAUGGGGUUGAAGUUCGUAGUGUCUCGUGAACACUUCUCCAACGGUGAGAUGACGCUACGGUGCUCCGCUGAGAUCCAUUCACUGUAUCUCAAGACACAGCAACACAGCGUCGACGGAACACUCACCUACAAUGUUCCUGUUAUGGAAUCUAGGGACAUCUCUGCCAUGUCAGGUGAAGGUGCGUAUGGUGUUAGUCAGCAUCCACUGGUGGUGCUGGUGGUGCUGGUGGUGCAAGUGAUAGCCGUGGUGGUGACUAGUAAUCACCGGUGACUCCAUUAUCACCACCUCCAUCACCCCGUUCAUCACACCUCUCACUCCUCGCUGGAUUAACACUAGACUUCCGAACCUAGAAAACUAGAAGAGUUAGCGUUUGGACCCUGACUCUCUACGUCAUUUAUAAACUAGAUCUCCAAGAUACGUUAGUGUAAGGAACUACAAUGAUUCAACUUCAUUAUAUAUGCUACAGCUAGCAUUGUUAUUAUACAUUGUAGGUGUCAGACCUGGCCAUUGCCUCUGGCAGGUAUGUGAGAAAGAUACAUACGCCGUUAUCAAGACAUUACUGAGGAUAUAUGUCGCCCACCGGACUGAAGGAGCCCCUGGUGGGCGAAACGUGUCCUCAAGUGUCUUUCUUACAUAUAUUAUAGGUUAGAAGUUAACAUAUCAUCUAGUUUUCCCAAAGAAAAAAAAAAUGUUGAAAGAUGACA